AAAUCUUCUCUAAACGCCACUGGAGGCAUGUAUCUAAUGUGAAGGGGCUGAUGAAAGUGCUCCUCCAUGAUGUCAGUUGUUAGAUAAAGCGUCAUAUUCCCCUCUUACAGUACUGGUAGGUUAACGCAGAUCAGAGCAUCAUGUCAGAUAUUUUGGGGAUUCAUCUUGGACAGCUUUGGAGACUCCAAAUCAGCUGCGAGUCCAUGGCGUGCGUCAUUGCGCAGCGGCGCGGCCAGCCCACAGUGGUUAAUGGGAAUCCGCUGACAGAGCACAACCAGUUGUUUGUGCGGGCAUAUGUGCGCGCGGAUCAGCAGGUGCUGGUUUAACUGGGUGGAAGUCACGCUUGCAACAACGCACCAACCUGACGGACAACGCUUGACGCUACGGACUCUUAUUUCCAAAUUGCGCUGACAUGUGUGACAUGCACGCGACGACCUGCAGUUACAGAUAAACUCCACCCGGUGUCUCCACUCCUCUUGCAGCCAUGGCUUUCACUGUAUCUGGAGGGACCUUGUUCACCAUCCUCCUAAUUAGCAGGUUGUUAGAGAACUCCUUGCUCAACGCUGAAGUGAAGGAAGGAGAGAUUCUGCCUCCUACCAUUCAGAGACUGAUGAAAGGAUACAACAAGUACCUCAGGCCUUUCUUUGACAAUGGUCCUGUCACAGUGGGGAUGAGCCUGGACAUCGCCAGCAUUGACACCAUCUCAGAGAUCAACAUGGACUACACCGCCACCAUAUUCCUUCGUCAGCGCUGGACUGACGAGCGUUUGGUGUUUGAGGGCAACAAGAGCCUGAGCCUGGACGGGCGACUGGUGGAGCUGCUCUGGGUCCCUGACACCUUCAUAGUGGACUCCAAGAAGUCCUUCCUACAUGACAUCACCGUAGAGAACAGGCUGAUUCGCAUUUUCCCCAACGGGACUGUCCUCUAUGCACUAAGGAUCACCACCACCGUGGCCUGCAACAUGGAUCUGACAAAGUACCCAAUGGACAAGCAGACCUGCACGCUUCAACUGGAGAGCUGGGGUUAUAACAUCAAUGAUGUUAUGUUCUACUGGACCAGAGGAAAUGAGUCUGUCAGUGGUUUAGACACUCUACAGCUGGCUCAGUACACAGUGGAGGACCACUACACAUCUGUCUCAGAGGCCGUAUAUGAAACUGGCAAUUAUCCAAAGCUGGUCUUCCACUUUGAGCUGAAGAGGAGCAUUCUGUACUUCAUCCUAGAAACUUACGUCCCCUCCAGCCUGCUUGUCGUCCUCUCAUGGGUUUCCUUCUGGAUUUCCUUGUCAUCUGUUCCAGCACGUAUUUGUAUAGGAGUGACCACAGUACUGACCAUGACCACUCUGAUGAUGGGAGCCCGGACAUCCCUACCCAAUGCCAACUGCUUCAUCAAGGCCAUUGAUGUAUACCUUGGAAUCUGCUUCAGCUUUAUCUUUGGAGCGCUCAUUGAGUAUGCUGUGGCCCACUUCUGCACCCUCACUCAUGCCGACGCUCACAUGCUCAUGUUAUGGUCACUGUCAUCACCUUCAUCUCCAUCUUGUCUUCACCAUCAUCAUGCCAUCAUGAGCACUUUUGGUACGGCCACCACAUGCACGACUUCGAUGACGAAAUGAAUGGCAUUGUCACCACCAUCUCCACUCACUCCAGGGCAAAGAGACGUAAGGAGCCUGCUGCCACUCCUACCCCAGCUCCUGCUUCUCUAGAACUCACUGUCAGCCCAUCCAGCCCCUCGGGCAGUGAGCCUAAGCCUGAGGCAGCGCCUCCAGAGCAUACCCACUGGUGCAUCACUGCUCUGGCCACCGUCCGCAAAGUGCUCCGCGCCCUAUAUUGCUGCCGCGUGGAGAACCCCCACCACAUAGACAACUACUCCAGAGUCAGCUUCCCCCUCUCUUUUGUCAUGGUCAACCUGCUCUACUGGACAUAUUACCUUUACUUUUAGCACUCGCUUGAAGCAGCAUGUGUCACAGAGAGUCUGCGAUGCAGCGAAUAGAGGAGAACUGUAUUUUAAUCGUAUGUAUGUACAGUAAGUGUUAUUUAUGUGCGUUUGAGAUGAGAGUGUUAAUUUUUCAACUUUGGUUUCAUAACCAAAGCAGCAUACUCAUAUGAGGUCUUUUAAGUCAUAUGAAGUUUUUAGAGGAAAAGUAACUGUUACAGUAACAGCUCCUCUUUUAAAUAUUAUUGACUAUUUGGACUGAGUCUUUGCUUCACAUUUAACUCGGCUGACUUUCAUUCAAAACUAGAACCACUUGACAAUAACCGACAUCUAGUAGACCUUAAGAUGAAUUAAGUGUUACUCAAAAGAGAGAAUUGUCCUAUCUGACAUUUUUACACUGCAGUAUAAUAUAAUUUUCUGACAUAGAAAGAUGGAGCUGUAAUCAAAGGCUUUAUGAAGCUAGCAUUGCUGUAGGAGAGCACAUGCUUUUUGCAUUGAUUCUCUGUCGUGAUUGAUUGAUAGUUUGUACGAAACAACUUAACACAACAUUUUCCAUCCCUGCCUGCAGGUGCACCAUUCAGGACAGAAUAUGAAAAUAAUUGAUUUGAGAAGAGGGAUGUUAAAGUGAGAUGAGGGAGCAGGGCAUACAAAUCGAUAAGGAGGGUGUGUUUAUAACAAGUUAGUCUCCCAAGAAUGGUAAUGUCCUCUUAAUGUUUAAGUCUGUCUCUAUUGUGUCCUUUAUGACAGUUUUUUUUAGUUCACUUGGCAGUGUGUUCUGUCUUUACCUGCAUUCAUUCCUUUCAUUGAUGCUGUAAAUGUAGUGGCCUUUGAUCUCAUCUGUUAUGUUUUAAAAAAUCUACCCAAGAUUAACCCUUUUAGGGCUUGUUAACUCAAAACUCUGUGCUGCAGUUUUAUGAAGAAGACGAUUAUGGUACACUUUGAAACUACAUCAUAUUGAAUAGUAAAUGAUAUUUUGAUAAACAAAAUAAGAAUAAAGCACCUCAAUGGGCUUUCACCAGCUUUCUCCUGUUUGAUCAGAGACGUGUCCAAAUUGGGCCCCUUUUUAUCUGAUUAGUAAUCCCUGGUGCCAUCCCAAAAUCCUGAACUAUAAUUGGUUAUUUGGGACUUGUGUUGAAAUUAAUAAGUUAUUUAGACUAUGUUGCAACAGGGUGCAAGUAGGUGGGUUUUUUUUUGCAUUUAACUGUAACUUUGUUUCUUUCUUGCAGGUGCUCUAAGUCAUAAAGAAAUUACUUCAUGCAUCUAUUUUGUAAGAUAGAUGCUUAGGUGAGGAAUCAGUCCAGCAAAGAUGACAAGCAAUGGUACCAACACAUUGAUUUCUUUGAAUUAUAAGAAUGAAGCUAAAAACAAGAGGUCACUCUGUUAUGAUACUUUUCAAGUAAAAAAAAAUGCUAUACAAUGCUAUAUUAUUGUUAUUCUACUUUAAUGUAAGUACUUUAAUUAGAUGUGAUUAGUGAAGACAGAAAUGGGAAAAAAAAAAAAGAAUUUUCAUGUAAUAUUCAUAAAAUUGAAUAUUAUCGGGCUCCACACUAACUCGACUAUAAUGGCGUGGAUGCACAUGAGAGCAACAGACACAUACACCGUUAUGAGCCAUGUAGUAUAAGCAGGACUCCUUUUGCGCUGCCGGUAGUGUAUCUCACUGUUCUUUUGUAACACACAAAGCAUUCGUCAGACCUUGAUGUGAAGAGUGAUUUGAAUAUGAAUGAAUCGGUCAAAAAAUUGCAACAGGAUAUCGUCAUCUGUGCAUUUAUCCAAAAGGAGGAAGCGUGUGGAUAUGUUCUGUGUGAGGUGAUACUUAUUUCCUCAGGCUGUUGUCAUCUUCGCUGUGUGAGUGUGACAUUGCGUGUAUGCCGUCAGUGAUGUGAACCAAAGAACCAAAGAUUUAAUUUCAUUUGCCGUUACUCUUGGUUUCCCUUUAGGUUCUCAAGAAGUAGAUUUGAGAUGCAUUUUCAAAUGUUGAUACUGUGUUUGUAAUUCAUAGGAUAACUCUGAAAUAGCAUGCAGUCAAUCAGCAGAUGAACAUGACAAAUACUUUUCAGAUAGAAAACAGGAUUCAGUUCAACAACAGAGAUGCAUGUUUAUUAUUCAGUAUUGCUGUAACAUACUCUCACUUAUUCCAUUCUGAAGAAUUACCAUUAGAUUGGAUCUGUAUUAAACAUACAUUCUCAGAAACUCUUACUGCCUCAUUUCAUUUUAAACUCUGUUCAUAUUUUAGCUUCUCAUCUUUAAACUAUUUUAUCAAAGCUUUUAAACUUUUUGAUUGCUUCAUUGCCUGAUGAUAAUAGAAAUGUUUGCUUCUGUUCUUCCUGCAUGGUAAUCAAGUGUAUGUUUUCUUUCUUCUGCUUUGCCUGAUUUUGUUUUUGUUGAAAAUGCUGGAUGGGAGUCAUUGUAAACUUCCAGCUGAGGCCAUUGAAAAGAUUAGACGUGUGCUUGUAUUAUUAAUUUUGAUUUCAGGGUCUCUUUGGGUGCAGGAUGUUAAACCUUCUCCUCCUUUUUCUUUCAUUUAAAACGUAACUUUUGAAAGUAUGAGUGACUGAGCUGUGUGGUGACCUGUUGAAAAGGUUCAUAUGAUAAAACACAGACUGUCAGGUUUUAUACUUUAUAGCACCACGCUUGUAGUUUUGAUAGUCAUCUUCUUAGAGACCAGUACAAGGACUGAAUGCCAUUACGGAGCCAAAGAAAAAUAUUAGUAACCACUGAAGCUUCCCAUUAGUGUGGAUGCAAGUUGUGUUUUGCCAAACAAUUACAAAGUUGAUCCCAGGCUCAAGAGCAUCAACUACCCAAUGGCUCCAUGAUCGAGAAUACAUUUUCAGUGCUGCUGCAGUGAACGGACACCUUUUUAUGAUAGCUACGAAUACCCUAAGGAAGUGAGAAUACAUUGCAGAAACAAAUGAACACUAAGAGCAACCUUGCCAGGACAUGUUUGGAGCAAAUGUUUCAGCAACAUCGGGUGACAGAAAAAUGGAAAAUGGCUUCCGCUGGACUGCCCUGUCUUUCCUGUUGUUGGAUGUGUCAAAUAAUGCCUCAAGGUGACGUUGGCUGCCAACCUCACAGUUCCUUGGACAUCUUCAUGUGAAAUGUAUUUAUAUACUGUAGUAACAUGUUAAUAUCUGUUUGAUUAACCUGUUGUAAAUAAGUAGUAACACUAUGCAUGUUUAUUUGGUGUAUGAAUAUGGAUGAUAGCAAUAAAAGAGAUUUAAAGUGUU